AUAUUCAUUGUCAUACUAAUUUUUACUGAAACUCGUGUCAACCCAGUCCAUAUCCAGUUCAAAAAAGCAAGUGAGCUAACUACCUGGGCUUCAAUUUGCCCGCCACAAUAACACCAAAUUUUCCCGGUAAAAAAAAAACAAACAACCUGGAAGUUGCGUGUAAGGGUCCCACUUCUCCUUCCAUCUUCUCCAUUACUACCAUUUUCAUAAUUCCUCAACACUUUCUCUCUCCUCUUCUCUUCUCUUCUCUUGUGUAUAUCCCCUAUUUCUCUGUAAAUAAAUUUCAAAUCAUCUUCUUCCUCUGAAACUUUCUCUCUCUUUUGACUUUGUUUGACUCCAUUUUUAGGGUUUGCUUUUUUCUUCUUUCUCCCCUGUCCCAUCUCUUGUUAACAAGAAUUCUUUUUCUCUUUAAUAAUUCAAAAUUUCCCGUUUUCUGUCUCUUCUAAUUAUUAAAAGUCAUCUGCUUUUUCUUCAAAAGACAUAAUUUUGAUUCAUCCCUUAAUACCCACCUUCUGCUUUGAUUGGAUAAUUUCUCCCCUUUCUUCCGGGGAUUUCUAGGGUUUUUCUAGGGUUUUGUUUCUUCUUUUUUCGAAUUUUUGAGCUUUUAAUUUCUCUCUCCCCCCCCCCCCUUUUUUUUUGAAUAAUUAUAUCAUUUGGGUGAAAUUAUUCUGGUGAUCAAUCAAUCAAUCAAUUACCAAAAAAUUGAUGGCAUAUCAGCCGAUUCCGGGUCGACCCGGAUCGGGGUCGAGCUCGGGUUCGGGUUUGCCAUAUUUGAGUUCGCAGUUCGGAGACACAACGUACACGAAGGUGUUUGUUGGAGGUCUUGCUUGGGAGACUCAGAGCGAGACGAUGCGUCGGUAUUUCGAGCAUUUUGGGGAGAUUCUUGAAGCUGUUGUUAUCACUGAUAAGAAUACUGGUCGUUCCAAGGGUUAUGGUUUUGUGACUUUUCGGGACCCGGAAUCUGCAAGGAGAGCUUGCGCAGACCCAACGCCUAUAAUUGAUGGGCGGCGUGCCAAUUGUAAUUUAGCUUCACUUGGACGACCUCGACCUGCUCUUUCAUUUGGACGAUUAAGGUCACCUAGCCCCUAUAUCGGAAAUCCACGUGCACCAAUGGGAGGUGUUGGCUACCAACAGGCUGUUCCAUAUAACUACCAGCAAGGAUAAUGUAUACAAUAUGU